CCCAUAUCCUUGGCUUAUACUGAUAGUUUUCGGUGGGUUAUAGGUUCAGUUGGUCCUUGAAAUUGAAUAGUUUUCCAGUCAUAUAUUAUUUUUCGCUUCAAGUAAAUAUUACUGUGAAACCACCUGAAUUCAAUGCUCAAUUUUCAACCUUUCAUCCUGAAAAGUACAUAUCUAGCAGGUUAUCACCGAGGAAAUAAUAUAUUUGAAAUGGCAUCGCUUCUUGGAAUAUCACGAGUUUUAAAUCGCACAGCCACAUUUUUCGUGGGAAAUAAAGAUUACUUAAAAAUGCUGAAUCGUGUAAAUGAGACACUUCCAGGGCUUGUUGAUCAAUUUCUAAUUAUUAAUGGCACGGUACCUCCAUGUGCUCGAAAUACCACAUUUGGUACACGCUGCUGUGUAUAUGAAGAUCCGAGGGUUUUGGCAAAUAUCGAUGACCAGUACUUGCAUAUUACAGGGAUAUUUUUGCAGUCGUGGAAAUAUUUCUCUAACAUGAAGGACGAGCUUACAGGAUAUUUGAAAAAGUCUGGAGCAAAGUUUGGCUUUCUUCCAAAAUCAGAUAAAAACACACAUGUAAACUGCGUUCAUGUGCGAAAGGGUGACUUCCAAGCAGUUGGAUUCGCUACUGCAGAUUUGAAGUUUGUCAGAAGUGCAAUAAGAUUUAUUGAAAAGAAAGAAAAACCAAAGAACCUUAAACAAGUAGCAGUUUUAUUCGGCGACAAUCUGGAAUUUCUGAAAAGCGUAAUCAAUGAUUAUAUUUUUUCUAAUCAAACCCCGCAUAAAAAAACGAAUUCAACUCACUUUAUAUCUCAAAACAUGCCUGCAGAUGAUUUAAUUUAUUCAAAAAAUCAUUGUGAUUCAGUUUUAAUCAGUUCUCCACACUCCACAUUCGGCUGGUGGAUUGGAUAUUUUUCAAAAGGGAAUAAAGUUUAUUACAUGGACAUCAGAGAAACAAACGAUCGGGUUUAUAGACACGGACAAUUACUGCCUUAUGAUUAUUUCUUGCCUCACUGGACACCUCUAAAAUAUGCAUCGGAUAACGCCACGGUUAUUGAAAGUCGAAAAUAAUAUUGUUUCGUUAAUAACUUUUCAACUCAAUAAACUGUUUUAUCUA